UUGUCUAUAGCCAAAAUGGCAGAAUCGAAUUGACAAGUCGUGCAAUUUUCGUAAUUUAUUUCUGGGUGCAAUAAUUAUUGCCUUUGUACGUAGAUGUUUUUCGUAUACGUUAUAAGGCAUAAAAUCGUUUCUUCAUACUGUAUUCAAAAUAUUGUAUACUACAUCAUCCCACUCGUAUGUUGCAAUUUCACGAAAUAUCAAGCUUUGGUAUGAUAACAAAAGAUAUAAAAAUUUAGCCUUGUCUGGGUAUGUGCUUUUUUUCGUCAUGUGUGUACCGUCGGGAUUAACAUAGCAUGAAUGGUGACUGCCGCGAAGAUCGGGGUAUGUAUACGUAACUGUCCAGAAUCGUGAUAUUCGGUAUUGUGACGUCACAAAAUAGACAAGACGUUAUUUACAGUGCAAAUUAGGUAAUAAAAUGUUUUAUUGUUUUCACCGGUGAGUGGCAAAAGAUUUGUGGCGCUCCUGUGGGAAUAGAAUUCGCGGUGAAGAGGUGGGCCUCCGCUAGGAUGGGCGGCGAUGUCUGCCCCCUUUGAGAGCGCUGCGAGCCCUGCACCGUGCGCAUGCACUAAUAUAUCGCUUAUGCAAUUGUUUCAUGAGCUAAAACAGAAAUUUCCUGGUGUACCUGAUCAUGUUGUGUCAAACACGAUCGAAUUGUACUGUCACGAUAAACAAGCCUGCGAGAAGCACCUCCAUAGCGAAGUCAAGGCCUCCCUAACACAUGCCUACCAUGCCUCCUCUUCGGCAGCCGCUCGACAGCUCAAUGAACUUAGGCUUAACCUGCCACUCAAGUGCCGCAACCAGCCCAUAGUGAAGCAUGAAGCUAUUCAGCUAACAACUGUGAAAUCUAUCACUUGUCAAGAGCCACAGAAGGCAAUACUAAGUUCUGGCACUGAAUCAAUUGAACAGCUGAACAAAUUAAACACUGAUGCUAACCAAAACAUUGUUGAGACUAAAAAUGAAGAAAUUAUUAGAAGUCACAACAACACAUCACCAGUCACUGUAAUAAACAUAGAUAACUGCUAUGCAAAAUACAAUGCUGAGUCCCCGAGUGAUUUUGAACUUACUAAUGAGAACACAAAGGAUAACAAUGUCACACCUAGUCCAAAUAGACAUUUAGAGGAUAAAGUUGAUUCACCAAAGCGAGAACAAAAGGAGCUUGAACAACCAGAGAGUACAAACUACAGGAUUUUAAAGAGUCAUAAAAUUAAGAACAAUUUACAUGAAAGAUUAGAGAAAGUUAAGGAAAAGAAAACAAUAAAAAAAGAGGAACCGCAACCUCAAGAAGUACCACAAGAGAAACCAAAACGGCCCAACACACUUGACUUCAUUAAACCAAAUCCAGAUAUUGCAUUUAAACAGACAUUGAAGGAGCCAGAGGCUGACACGUGCAGGACAGUGUCCCCGCUUCCACCAACAUCACACAAUGAUAGUCAGCCUAUGAAGGAAGCCAAAUCAAAUACACCAUUUAGGCCAGAACGAGGGUAUCCCUUAAACUUGUCAGUUAAUGUCAAUUGUCAUAUGGACUUAAGUCGUACUUAUGGUGAUCCUUGGUUAGAAGAUUAUGAUAGUCCGAGGGCUAUAACAUCUGUGAAUUUGACUGUGUGUACACCAACAUCGAACAUGGCUAGUCCAGUGAGGGAUACGCGGGAGGAGGACGGCGGCUUCGAGGGCCACGUGACGGUGACGGUGAGCCCCAGCACGACGCGGCCGCCACGGCGUAGGGCCCCGCCGCCGCCCGUCGCGCCCUCGCGCAUCGACUCUCCAAGACCAACGAGAAUCGCUCCUGAACCACCCAUGUCAGCUAUUGAUCGUGCUCUAAUAGAGCGUCAGAAAGAGCGUCUGGAGCGGUUGGCGAUGGCGCUGGCUCAGGAGAAGGGCCGCCUGGCGCAGCUGACGAAGGAGACGCGGAUCCUGGCGGGCCCCUCGCCCACCAUGUCCGCCACGCAGCGGCUGCGGGAAGACGUGGAGCGUCUGCGGAACCAGUGCGGCACGCUCGCCAAGAGACUCGAGAUGACCGGCCAUGAGCCGGACGACUCGGGGAACUUCUACAGCAACAUCUACACGGGGCAGCGGCCGUCGUCGUCGUGGCAGUGCCACAUGUGCACGUUCCGCAACCACCCGCUGCUGGACAAGUGCGAGGAGUGCGACAUGCCGCGGAUAUUCGUAGGUACGUCCCCCCCUAGGACCCACGACUCGGGGUUCGGCUCGUUCCGCGACAGGAACCGCCGCGGAGCAAACAGGGACGACCUCCCCCCCUCACUAACACAGACUCAAUCAGCCUAGUCGCGCAGGACGCUACCUAGUUCCUCAUUUUUGCCUUAUACAUACAGUGCCUAUAGUGUUAAAACAGUGCUUGAGUGUAUCAGUGUUUAAACUUUUUGAUUAUAAACUCGUGUGCGUUUGAAGUGCUCAGACUUGAGGCUAAUAUGAACAGUGUUUUGCUUAAGACUCACCCAGCAUGUUACUGUUGGAAUGCAAACUUUAUUAACAUUGAAAAUACCAACGAUGUGAUGAACUUUGAGACCCGUUUGGGAACUUUCUGUCAGUUGUUAUUUUCACAUACCGAUUUUCUUUAUGUUUAAUCGUUGUAGAAUUAUAUUUACCUAUUUAUUCUGUACUCAUUUGUACAAAGAGCUAAAAAAUCUAAGUGAUAAUCAACAGAUAAGAUUAUAGACAGUUUUUGUUGUAAGUUUUUGCUCUAUGUAUAAGUGGGGUGAUAAUAUGUUAUGAUCCUCGCAUGUGUGUUCGUCUAUUUUAUGUGACUGGAUUAAUGUACGAUUUAUCCUCGUAUGAUAUACAGAGAUAUCUAAUGAACAUAAUAAUUUCGACGGUUAUCCAACACUCACGAAGUGCAUUCCGGAUAAAAUGAUCGUGACACUGACAGUAUUUACGGAGUCCGUCUAUUAAUAAAAGUACAAUAAUGAGCUGAUGGCAAACCCAAAAGGGACAACUACGUUACAUCACAAUAAUUUGAAUAUAAGAAUUACGUACACUUAUGAUUAUGAGCCGUUUUCACAAUUCCUUACGAUGCUAUACGGGUAUGUUUAACAAUACCAAUUUAUUAUCUUAAUUAGGCUACACUUUUUGCGUAUUUUUCUUCUGGUCUAUAUACAACCUAUUUUUACAAAUAUUUUUACUUUUAUAAAUGCUUCUCUUAAGUGACAAGGAAUUAAUAUAAUACGGUACGUUUCCAUUCCUCUUUGUAUGGGGAACUCCACAUUAUCUUUACACUUCUUCUAGGCUAUAGGCGUGACGGCUGUCUUUCCUCAUAUCAAUAUAAAAACAAUGACUAAGCCUACUAUUGUUUAUAAAGUCUUACAUUAAAAUAAAGUACCGGAAAUUAUGGAAUAUAUUAUGUACGUACGUGCUAUGUUUCCCGUACUCACGGUUACCUAUGUGUGACGAAUUACUUUUUUUACGCAACCUGCGUUACCUCUCUCACUGUGACUCAUUGACUGCUGAAUAGCAUAUGGCUUAGAAUAUUUAUGUAGCAGUGUAAUGGCUAACUGCCUAUAAAAAAAAGUUGCAUUAGCCUAAAAUUUCGAUUCUAGCAACUUAACUAUCGGAUUAUAUGUAAUGUUUACAUUUUUAUUUAGCCUAUUUAAUCAUUAUUGCAGGCAUAUCGAGGCUAAAAAACAUUGAUUUUAUAGACUUGUGCUGUGUAUUGUUUGAUAACCGUUCAUAAAAAGAUUUGUAAUAGAGUUGUUUAUAAUAAUGUUUAGUCUACGAAGAAAUUAUUAGAUUUUAUUAGAUGAGACGUAUUUAUUGUUUUACUUAAUUAAAUUUUAUUAGGCAACUAAACAUCACUUGUUGACUGGUCAGAUGGUGAAGACAUCACAGGAUCUCGUUAUAAGACUAUUUUAUUGCGCCUUGCCAAAAA